CUCAAAUUCAUAACUCAGAUCCCACUUCUGUUAGUAGAAAUGGGAACAAAAAGGAAGAUGUCUUCAAUGGUCACCCUUUUAAUCUCGCUUGCGGUAGUUAUUGUUUCUUUAAGCUUGCCUUCAUCGGCCACGGCAGCCUACCCUUACUCAUCUCCACCACCUCCUCCACCAAAAAAAUCACCACCACCACCACCACCUAAGCAUCAUUAUGUUUACAAGUCACCACCACCACCGGUGUAUAAGUCACCACCACCACCCAUGCAUAAGUCACCACCACCACCCGUAUAUAAGUCACCACCACCUCCUACUCCUGUUUAUAAGUCUCCACCACCUCCAAAGAAACCAUAUGUAUACAAGUCACCUCCACCACCCGUGCCCGUUCACAAGUCUCCACCACCGCCAGUAUAUAAGUCCCCACCACCACCGAUGCACAAAUCACCACCACCACCUGUUUACAAGUCACCACCACCACCGGUUCACAAAUCACCACCACCGCCUGUUUACAAGUCACCACCUCCACCUCAUUAUGUUUACAAGUCACCACCACCACCAGUUCACAAGUCAUCACCUCCACCUACACCCAUUUACAAGUCACCACCACCACCUCCGGUUCACAAGUCUCCACCACCACCAAAGAAACAUUACAUAUAUAAGUCACCACCGCCACCUCCACCAGUUUACAAGUCUCCUCCUCCUCCACCACCAAAGAAACCAUAUGUAUACAAGUCACCACCACCACCAACUCCGGUCUAUAAAUCUCCACCACCACCAACACCGGUUUACAAAUCUCCACCACCACCACCACCUGUGUACAAAUCCCCACCACCACCACCACCGGUUUACAAGUCUCCGCCACCUCCUCCACCCCCAGUGAAAAAGUACCCACCCCCGCAUUACAUCUACAGUUCACCACCCCCUCCUCACCAUUAAGGAGUGAUCGCCAUGUUUAAGGAUAGUAAUUAAUAAGUUUAUAUUCUGAAACUCCAAGAGAAAUAAUAAUCCGGCUGGACAAAAGGGUUGAAAAUUUUACGACUUGUAUUUGAUUUGUGUAUUCAAUAAAUAGUUGCUUCUUUCCGUUUGUUUGAUAAUAAAGAUAUAAAUAAAAAAAUUGUUAUUUUA